AUGAACUUGCCGGAAACUGUCGAUUCCGUGCGGAGGUUGGCCGCCAUGGUCAGAGUCUCUGGACCUGAUCCUCACGGGCGGAAGAUGCGAAACCAUGCUUUUCACCUUUACAAUUCUGGUAAAACUACGCUUUCGGCUUCGGCUGUGCUGUUGCCGGAAGGCUUUUACGACGCUCACGCGGUCAGCCGGAUUCUGCCGGGCUCCGAUAGUCGGGGCUUAGGUCUGCUUCUCACCGUCGCUUCUGUUGUGGAGCCUUUUGUGGCGGCACACCAUAGGCAAAGUACUCCUCAGGGCUUACCUGAUCUGAUUCCUGCAGCUAAAAUCCAUGUUAUGUUAGAGGGUAUGUUGGAGUUGGAAGAAAGUGUGGAGGCGGUUGAAAAUGGAAAUUCUCCUUGGAUCUCUGCAAAACUUUUGAGAUUGGUUGAUGUUCCAGCCUCUUCAUUUUCCCUCCAAUCGCUCAUUGAAGCUUCUCCAGACUCAGCACACCAUGGAUGGGAGGCUGGUUGGUCCCUUGCAGCUAAUGGUAACGCUCCUAAGUCUUAUGGGGAAUCUCUGAACUCAUCUACGCUUGAAGGGCAUUUAGAAACCGAGGAAUCUAGGGAUCCUUCUUUUAUGAGUAGGUCGAUUACCAGACUUGCUGUUCUUGGGAUCCCCCUGCAUCUGAAGAAUCUUCCUAAGGUUGCUGUAGCAGCAUUGACGAAAAGAGUAGACUUCAUUUUUGCCGUGGGUUCCCCUUUUGGUAUCGUGUCACCAAUGCAUUUCUUUAACAGCGUUUCAGUGGGGUCCAUUUCCAACCAUUAUCAUUCACCUGGAUCACCUAAUACAUCAUUGAUAAUGGCUGACAUCCGCUGUCUACCUGGUACUGAGGGUGGCCCAGUUUUUGAUAAAUAUGGAUGUUUUAUUGGAAUCUUGAUUAGACCAUUGAGGCAAAAGAGUACUGGUGCUGAAAUUCAGCUGGUGACUCCGUGGGAAACGAUUCAAAGUGCUUGCAUUGACUGGUUGCUGAAGGAGCCUGAAAAUGCAGCAGAUGAAGACGCUCAUAUUAAUAAGGGAAACUUAAAUGCUGUAGGGGUGGUACACAAUCAUAACUCAGAUGUACCUUCACUGGUGCCAGUGAAGAAGGCAAUCUCUUCUAUUUGUCUCAUUACCAUUGGCGAAGGUGUAUGGGCAUCUGGAGUUCUGCUCAAUGAGAAAGGCUUGGUACUCACAAAUGCACACUUGUUGGAGCCUUCGAGAUUUGGAAGAACUACUGCUAGUGGAGGAGGAAAUGAAAUCAGAUCAGACAUUAUUCCUUAUCCGUUGUCUGGAGAAGAUGUCCUCCAGAAGAAUAAGAGGAAGUUGUUUAAUGCACAAGAAGCUAUAGUAGGUUCGUCCUACAAUAAUCAUGGAAUUAUACGUGUUCGGUUGAAUCAUGUUGACCCGGGGAUUUGGUGUGAUGCGAAAGUAGUGUAUAUUAGCAGAGGGCCAUUGGACGUUGCCCUUUUGCAGCUUGAAAAUGUAACAGGUCAUCUUAUCCCAAUCAGUGUGGAUCUUCUGUGCCCAGCUUUGGGAUCAACGGCUUAUGUGAUUGGGCAUGCUUUAUUUGGGCCGAGAUGUGGAUUUUCUCCCUCUGUUUGCUCUGGCGUUGUAGCAAAAAUAGUGAGGGCAAAGGCACCUUUCUAUUAUCAGGUUCUUCACGAAAAGGAUUUAGAGAUUCCAGCAAUGCUCGAAACCACAGCUGCUGUCUACUCAGGCGGCAGUGGCGGUGCUGUUGUUAAUUCAGAUGGUCAAAUGAUUGGACUUGUUACCAGCAACAUGAGGCAUGGCAGAGGAACAAUUAUACCCCAUCUCAACUUCAGUAUUCCUUGCGCAGCACUGGCUCCGAUUUUCGAGUUUUCAAAAGACAUGGAGGACAUUACGCUUCUGAAGCAGCUUGAACAAUCAAAUGAGGACCUUUCUUCAGUAUGGUCCUUGGUGCCUAGACCGGGGCCGAGUCUUCCCCUGCCCCUGGACACCAUUCAGGAGUCAUUAAAGAAAUCAAAAAAGGGUUCGCAGUUCGCUAAAUUCCUAGUGGAAAGUGACAAGGUUUCCAGAAGUCCAGCUGCUGCAACUCAGCUUGGUGUGGUGGGAAGCAGCAGCAACAGUACAAAUAGGGCCAUUUUUCUCAGCAAGCUAGAAGAUGUUGGAAAUGCUGUUGGAAGUGCUGUAUUUUUCAGUGUCUAUGAGUAUGUCCGUUAUUACAUGCACAGACACCUGAAGGGCGAUUCUUCCAAAUCCAACCACAGCAAUCUGAUGGACAUGGGCAUUGGAACCGUAACUGGAGGACUUGGUGGCUUGGCGUUCUGGUCGGUUGUACUAUGA